AUGGGAAAAUCUGAUAAACAAGAAUAUGAAUGUGAAACACCUCCAAGAGUGAAAUCUAUACCAGGAGCACUACGAGAGUCCUUAAUGAGGUGUGGGGACAACUAUUUCCAAAGAAGACCUGCAAGUGACUCACCUACAGGCAGCAGUGCCCAAACUCCGACAGGUGUAAAUACUUCAACUCCGUCACCAAUAAAUAGUAAUAUAUAUAUCAACACAGGAAGUGGAAUAAAUACAGUGGAAACCUCUCCAGUAAUAUCUGGGAAUACCGUUGAAUCGGGGACAGAAUCUCCAGAUAGACUACGACCACCUACAAUGAAGAAAAAAAGGACUCCGACAACAUUAGAUAUACCUGGUUUAACAAAAUCUAAGAAUUCCCCUAAUGGUUUAAUAGCACGUAAUGAUCAUGGUUCAAAACUGGUAAUUAUUAUGGUAGGUAUUCCCGCUACGGGUAAAUCAUUCAUCACAAAGAAGUUAUCUAGAUAUUUGAAUUAUUCAAUGUAUCAUUGUAAAGUCUUUAAUGUUGGGAAUACUAGAAGACGUUACACAAGAGAACAUGGAAUGGGUGAGCAGGAUAGUAAUUUUUUUGACCCAUCUGAUGAAAGAAGCAUAAAAUUGAGAGAUCAAUGGGCAUUGGAUACUUUAGAUGAAUUAUUAGAUUAUUUAUUGACAGGAAAUGGAUCAGUGGCCAUAUUUGAUGCUACAAACACUACAAAGGAGAGAAGAAAAACUGUUUAUAAUCGUAUUCGUCAACGUAACGAUCAAUUAAAAGUAUUAUUUUUGGAGUCGAUAUGUACUGACAGACAAAUGAUUGAUAAGAAUAUUCAAUUAAAAUUGUUUGGUCCAGAUUAUAAAGGUAAAGAUCCAGAUGAAUCCUUAACUGACUUCAAACAACGAUUAGAGAAUUAUGACACCGUAUAUGAGCCAAUGGAUGACGUCGAAGGGUAUCCUUAUAUCAAGAUGAUUAACGUCGGUACAAAACUUAUUUCACAUCGGAUUAAAGGGUUUUUGGCGUCUUUAACUAUGUACUAUUUAUUAAACUUCAACUUAUCUGAAAGACAAAUAUGGAUAACAAGAAGUGGUGAAUGUGAAGAUAAUGUAGCUGGAAAGAUCGGUGGAGACACAUCAUUAACUGCUCGUGGUGAUAAAUAUGCCCAUGCUCUAACUAAAUUUAUUGGAGAACAGCGAAAACUAUUCGAAGAACAUUUGAAUUCAGAACAUAAACCAUCAUCUGAUAACAUUCAAAAUGAGGAGAACGUCGAAGAAGAAGAAGAAGAAAGAUCUUUUUUUAUUUGGACAAGUAUGUUGCAAAGAUCGAUUGAGACAGGCCAAUAUUUUGAUGAAAAUGAAUACCCAACAAAACAAAUGAAAAUGCUUGAUGAGAUAAAUGGUGGUGAUAUUGAUGGUCUAACAUUUGAAAGAUUUUCUACACAGUAUCCUGAAAUCUACGAGAAUCGACAACAUGAUAAAUUGUUGUAUCGAUAUCCAGGUAGCGGAGGAGAAUCUUACAUGGAUGUCAGCAAUCGACUACGUAGUGUCAUCACUGAGAUGGAACGCUUAGAGGACGAUAUUUUGUUAAUCACGCACCACGUUGUAGCACGAAUCCUUCUAGGAUAUUUUAUGAAUUUAAGACUGGAAGUUGUCACUGAUCUAGAUAUUCCAUUACAUUCAAUCUACUGUCUGGAACCCAAACCACAAGGAAUAAGUUGGACCCUCUACGAAUAUGACGAGAUUAAAGAUUCGUUCAACAAAGUCCCAAAAUCAGAACUGAACAUUUCAAGAGUUAAAGAGAUAGGUUUAGUUCACAACGAACGUCAUUAUUCACUGGUCCCCACGGCACCUAAUUACUCUAUAGGCUCCAAGUCCUCAGUGGAUUCAUAG